AAAUUUGGCGUCACUGGCGUGUUCGACGGGCUGCGCAGACAGAUCGGGAUUUGACAUCGAAGAAUCGCGAGAGCGACCGGUCAACAUCUCUCUCGCGACACUCGAUUUCAUUUGCCGAUCGGUCUGCGCAGAGCAACAUUAGGUCAAACUCGCCCAUUAUUAGCCUAAAAAGAGAGACCCACACUGAAGAAUUUCGUCCUCGUGUUUGUAAACGAAGAGAAGCUUCAAGAAGGGCUGACGGAUGCUUCACACAUCUCGUCAUUCAAUGAAACCCUUAUUCUUCAGCAUAAUCCUCCUGCUCGUGUCCUACAAAUGUGUUGGUGAUCAUGUCCUCACAUAUUUAGCUGUCGCCGUCAGCAUUCUGCUCUUGGUUGGCAUGCUGACACAUACACAAAAUGGUUUAUCGGAUGGAUUUGGCUAUGCGGUGCUGGUCACUGGCUGUGACAGUGGAUUCGGGCAUCAUCUUGCUAAGAAACUGGACGGCAUGGGUUUCACUGUGUUUGCUGGAUGUUUAUGCCCUGAGGGUGCCGGAGCCCAGCGUCUGGUUGAUGAAGGUUCAGAACGUAUGAAGAUUCUACAGCUGGAUGUGACCAAAGAUGAACAUGUAAAGUUGGCUAGGGACUUUGUCAAGUCAAAUUUGCCAGAGAAAGGUCUUUAUGCCGUUGUAAACAACGCAGGAGUCAGUGACUGGGGAGAAAUCGAAUGGAGCACAGCCCAAGACUUUCAGAGGAUGGUUGAUGUUAACUUAGUGGGUCCCAUCAGAGUCACCGUUGCGUUCUUGUCAAUGGUCAGGGCAACCAAAGGCCGUAUGUUGUUCGUGUCAAGUAUCUUUUCAUUUUUCAAUUGUCUGAAUAUGGGAGCAUACAGUGUGUCCAAGCGAGGACUGGAGGCGUUUGCCGACUGUUUAAGAGUAGAGAUGGCCAGCUUUGGAGUUAAGGUCAGUAUUAUUCAACCUGGAAAUUUUGGCGCUGCCACAAACAUUCUAAGCAAGAAAACCUCACAGGACAUUUGGAACGAGUUUGAUGGUGCACGUAAACUUACCUUCAGCCAGAAAUACAUUGAAAUGGCGUGCGACUAUUUCCAGUCGACGUGCUCUUUAGGAUUUAAGGAUUCCACCAUGGUCAUCGAUGCCAUGUUACACGCUCUCACCUCUCCCAAACCUCGAACCCGAUACCUGCUUGUGUCAUCAAUGGAUUGGUGUUUUUUCUACUUCUUCCCUUUUCUGCCCACGUACGUCACAGAUGCUGUGUUUAAUCUGAGCUCCAUGUAUCACAAACGUGAAGUUAUGCUGUAUUCAUAAAUAAUAAAGACAAAUAUUGAAAAAAUAUUGUUAGGGUGGG